UGGUAACCAUGCCGGUUGUUCACAAAUGGCGGUCAAUGGUUGAAGAUGUGCGACGCAUUUUUUAAUCCAACGUUAUGAAGUGUUUUCAACAUAUAUACAUAGUUUAAUACUGUAACGAUCGAGUGAAAAGAACCCAGAAAUGAUUAUUACAAAGAACUAGAUUAGAGCUGCAUUUAGUAAAAUGACCAUUUAGCCUAUUUAACACAAAUAUGUCGAUACCGCCAUAUCUUCUGGGUCCAAACCCAUGGGCCACUAUGAUGGCUCAGCAGCAAUUUGCUGCAGCUGCUCAUGCACAAGCUCAAGUAGCAGCAGCACAGGCCCAUGCUCAUGCACUGCAGCAACAGAUACCACCUCCUUAUCCUAAGUCAGAUGUAAUGACUGAAGAUAAGUUGCAGGAAAAAGCUCAAAAAUGGCAGCAGUUGCAAUCAAAGAGGUUUUCGGACAAGAGAAAAUUGGGUUUCGUCGAUGCCCAGAAAGAAGAUAUGCCUGCAGAACAUUUAAGGAAGAUUAUUAGAGAUCAUGGUGACAUGAGUAGCAGGAAGUAUAGACACGAUAAGCGUGUUUAUUUAGGAGCUUUGAAAUACAUGCCUCAUGCAGUAAUGAAACUGCUGGAGAAUAUGCCUAUGCCAUGGGAACAAAUCCGUGACGUCAAAGUACUUUACCAUAUCACAGGUGCUAUUACUUUUGUAAAUGAGAUUCCCUGGGUAGCUGAACCUAUUUAUAUUGCACAAUGGGGUACUAUGUGGAUUAUGAUGCGUCGCGAGAAAAGGGAUCGUCGUCAUUUCAAACGUAUGCGUUUCCCGCCAUUUGAUGAUGAAGAACCUCCAUUGGAUUAUGCGGAUAACGUACUAGAUGUUGAACCUCUAGAAGCUAUUCAGAUAGACUUAGAUGCCGAUGAAGAUGCAGCUGUGGCCAAGUGGUUUUACGAUCAUAAACCGCUUGUUGGAACAAAAUAUGUGAAUGGUUCCACAUACAGAAAAUGGAAUUUGUCACUACCAAUGAUGGCAACUUUAUACAAACUAGCCAAUCAAUUACUUACUGAUUUGGUUGACAAUAACUUCUUCUACCUGUUUGAUACGAAGAGUUUCUUCACCGCUAAAGCUCUUAAUAUGGCUAUUCCGGGUGGACCUAAGUUCGAACCCUUAAUAAAAGAUAGUAACCCUGCCGAUGAGGAUUGGAACGAGUUUAAUGACAUCAACAAAAUUAUUAUACGUCAACCAGUGAGGACGGAAUACAGAAUUGCCUUCCCUUACUUGUAUAAUAACAUGCCACAUUAUGUACAUUUGUCUUGGUAUCAUGCUCCAAAUGUGGUAUACAUUAAAACAGAGGAUCCAGAUUUACCAGCUUUCUACUUUGAUCCUCUCAUUAAUCCAAUUUCGCACAGACAUGCUGUUAAAAGUUUAGAACCUCUUCCUGAAGACGAUGAGGAAUAUACAUUACCCGAUACGGUACAGCCUUUCCUUCAAGAAACACCUCUUUAUACUGAUAAUACAGCCAAUGGAAUUUCAUUGCUGUGGGCUCCACGACCAUUCAAUAUGAGAUCUGGUCGUUGUCGCAGAGCUAUUGAUGUACCCCUUGUAAAAACAUGGUACAAAGAGCAUUGUCCUCCAGGACAACCCGUCAAGGUUCGAGUCAGUUACCAGAAACUGCUUAAAUAUUUCGUGCUGAAUGCAUUGAAGCACAGGCCUCCAAAGGCUCAAAAGAAGCGGUAUCUUUUCCGUUCCUUCAAAUCUACUAAAUUCUUCCAAACCACUACAGUGGAUUGGGUAGAGGCUGGUUUACAAGUAUGCCGCCAAGGCUACAAUAUGUUGAACUUAUUGAUUCAUCGCAAGAAUUUGAACUAUCUCCAUUUGGAUUACAAUUUCAAUUUGAAACCUGUCAAGACUCUUACCACAAAGGAAAGGAAGAAGUCACGUUUCGGAAAUGCUUUCCAUUUAUGUCGAGAAAUUUUGCGUUUAACGAAAUUGAUUAUUGAUUCCCAUGUACAAUACCGACUUAAUAAUGUCGACGCUUUCCAAUUAGCUGAUGGUUUGCAAUACAUCUUCGCUCAUGUUGGGCAAUUGACGGGAAUGUACCGAUACAAAUACAAAUUGAUGAGACAAAUUCGAAUGUGUAAAGAUUUGAAGCAUUUGAUUUAUUACAGAUUUAAUACUGGUCCAGUUGGUAAAGGUCCAGGAUGUGGUUUUUGGGCACCAGGAUGGCGUGUGUGGUUGUUCUUUAUGCGUGGUAUCACACCACUCUUAGAACGUUGGUUAGGAAACCUGCUCUCUCGUCAGUUUGAAGGAAGGCAUUCAAAGGGUGUUGCUAAAACUGUUACUAAGCAGAGAGUCGAGUCUCACUUCGAUCUUGAGUUAAGAGCUUCAGUUAUGCACGAUAUCGUGGAUAUGAUGCCCGAAGGCAUUAAGCAGAAUAAAGCAAGAACUAUUUUGCAACAUCUUUCCGAGGCAUGGAGAUGCUGGAAAGCCAAUAUUCCGUGGAAGGUACCAGGAUUACCGAUUCCAAUUGAAAAUAUGAUUUUGAGGUACGUUAAAAUGAAAGCCGAUUGGUGGACUAACACCGCUCAUUACAAUCGUGAGAGAAUCAGGAGAGGCGCAACCGUCGAUAAAACUGUAUGUAAAAAGAAUUUGGGUAGAUUAACUAGAUUGUUCUUGAAAGCAGAACAAGAAAGACAACAUAAUUAUUUGAAAGAUGGACCUUACAUCUCACCCGAAGAAGCUGUAGCUAUCUAUACAACGACUGUACAUUGGUUGGAAUCCAGAAGAUUCGCACCAAUUCCUUUUCCACCGCUUUCUUACAAGCACGACACAAAGUUACUUAUUUUGGCUUUGGAACGUCUGAAAGAAGCAUACAGCGUUAAAUCACGUCUGAAUCAAAGUCAACGUGAAGAAUUGGGUUUAAUUGAACAAGCGUACGAUAAUCCUCACGAGGCAUUAUCAAGAAUUAAACGUCAUUUACUUACACAGCGACAGUUCAAGGAAGUUGGAAUUGAAUUCAUGGAUUUGUACAGUCAUUUGAUACCUGUAUACGACGUCGAACCGUUGGAGAAGAUAACGGAUGCUUAUUUAGAUCAAUAUCUUUGGUAUGAAGCAGACAAACGUAGAUUAUUUCCACCAUGGGUUAAACCUGCAGAUACUGAACCUCCACCAUUACUCGUGUACAAAUGGUGCCAAGGUAUUAAUAAUUUGGAAGAUGUCUGGGAUGUAUCUGAAGGCGAAUGCAAUGUUCUGCUUGAAUCUAAAUUCGAAAAACUGUACGAAAAAAUUGAUUUAACAUUGCUGAAUCGACUUUUGCGGUUGAUUGUUGAUCACAAUAUUGCUGAUUAUAUGACGGCGAAGAAUAACGUUGUGAUCAAUUACAAGGAUAUGAACCAUACGAACAGUUAUGGUAUUAUAAGAGGUUUACAGUUUGCCUCAUUCAUUACCCAUUAUUAUGGGUUGGUACUUGAUCUUCUAGUACUUGGUUUACAAAGGGCAAGCGAGAUUGCUGGACCUCCACAGAUGCCCAACGACUUUUUGACCUUCCAAGAUGUCGCGACAGAAACAACGCAUCCGAUCCGAUUGUACUGCAGAUAUGUUGAUAGAAUACACAUAUUCUUUAGAUUUUCUGCUGAUGAUGCGAGAGAAUUAAUCCAACGCUACUUAACCGAACAUCCAGAUCCUAAUAAUGAAAACAUUGUUGGUUAUAACAACAAGAAAUGUUGGCCAAGAGAUGCACGUAUGAGACUUAUGAAGCACGAUGUAAAUUUAGGUCGUGCCGUAUUCUGGGACAUUAAAAAUCGUCUGCCACGAUCUGUAACCACAAUCCAAUGGGAAAACAGUUUCGUCAGUGUAUAUUCUAAAGAUAAUCCCAACUUGCUCUUCAAUAUGAGUGGUUUUGAAUGCAGAAUUCUACCGAAGAGCAGAACUCAACAUGAGGAAACAACCGCCAGCGAUGGUAUUUGGAAUUUACAACACGAAAAUACAAAACAACGUACGGCUCAGUGUUUCUUGCGAGUCGAUGAUGAAUCUAUGGGAAGGUUCCAUAACAGAGUGCGACAAAUAUUGAUGGCUUCCGGAUCAACAACUUUCACAAAAAUUGUGAACAAGUGGAAUACAGCUUUAAUUGGUCUUAUGACAUACUUCAGGGAAGCUGUCACCAAUACACAAGAAUUGUUGGAUCUCCUGGUGAAAUGUGAAAAUAAAAUCCAAACACGUAUUAAGAUUGGUUUGAACUCGAAAAUGCCUAGCAGAUUCCCGCCUGUGGUAUUCUAUACACCAAAGGAAUUGGGUGGACUUGGUAUGCUUUCGAUGGGUCACGUACUUAUACCCCAAUCGGAUUUGAGAUGGUCCAAACAAACAGAUGUUGGUAUUACGCAUUUCCGUUCAGGUAUGAGCCACGAUGAGGAUGAAUUAAUUCCUAAUUUAUACCGAUAUGUGAAGGCAUGGGAAUCUGAGUUUAUUGAUUCACAGAGAGUAUGGGCAGAGUAUGCGCUGAAGAGGCAAGAAGCUAACGCACAAAAUAGACGUCUAACUUUGGAAGACUUGGAAGAUUCAUGGGAUAGAGGAAUUCCUAGAAUUAAUACGCUUUUCCAAAAGGACAGGCAUACCUUAGCUUACGAUAAGGGAUGGAGAAUCAGAACAGAAUUCAAACAAUAUCAAGUUCUUAAGCAAAAUCCAUUCUGGUGGACACAUCAAAGACACGACGGUAAAUUAUGGAAUUUGAAUAAUUAUCGUACAGACAUGAUUCAAUCUUUGGGAGGUGUAGAGGGCAUUCUUGAACACACAUUAUUUAAGGGAACUUAUUUCCCUACAUGGGAAGGUCUUUUCUGGGAAAAGGCUUCUGGAUUUGAAGAGUCCAUGAAGUAUAAGAAACUUACCAAUGCCCAGCGGUCCGGUUUGAACCAAAUUCCGAACCGUCGUUUCACCCUAUGGUGGUCACCUACUAUCAACAGAGCUAAUGUUUACGUGGGUUUCCAGGUCCAACUUGAUUUAACUGGAAUUUUCAUGCACGGUAAAAUUCCAACCUUGAAGAUUUCUUUGAUUCAGAUCUUCAGAGCCCAUUUAUGGCAGAAAGUCCAUGAAUCUAUAGUCAUGGAUUUGUGUCAAGUAUUCGAUCAGGAACUUGAUGCACUUGAAAUUGAAACUGUUCAAAAGGAAACUAUCCAUCCUAGGAAAUCAUACAAAAUGAACUCGUCCUGUGCUGAUAUUUUGCUUUUCUCUGCAUAUAAAUGGAAUGUUUCUCGUCCAUCUUUGUUAGCUGACACAAAAGAUACAAUGGAUAACACGACAACUCAAAAAUACUGGAUUGAUGUACAAUUGAGGUGGGGUGAUUACGAUUCACACGAUGUUGAAAGAUAUGCCAGAGCUAAAUAUCUGGAUUAUACUACUGAUAACAUGUCUAUUUAUCCAUCACCAACUGGAGUUUUAAUAGCUAUUGAUUUAGCUUACAAUCUUCAUAGUGCAUAUGGACAUUGGUUCCCAGGCUGCAAACCUUUGAUUCAACAGGCUAUGGCUAAAAUCAUGAAAGCCAAUCCAGCUUUGUAUGUACUCAGGGAACGUAUUCGAAAAGCUUUACAAUUGUACUCCAGUGAGCCGACAGAACCUUACUUAUCCAGUCAGAAUUAUGGUGAACUGUUCUCUAAUCAAAUUAUUUGGUUCGUCGAUGAUACAAACGUAUAUCGUGUAACUAUCCAUAAGACAUUUGAAGGAAAUUUAACAACGAAACCAAUCAAUGGAGCUAUUUUCAUAUUCAAUCCGCGAACUGGACAACUUUUCCUUAAAAUUAUCCACACCUCAGUUUGGGCUGGACAGAAGCGUCUUGGACAAUUGGCAAAAUGGAAAACCGCUGAAGAAGUUGCAGCUUUGAUCCGAUCACUUCCGGUAGAAGAACAACCGAAACAAAUUAUUGUCACUCGUAAAGGCAUGUUGGAUCCACUCGAAGUCCAUCUUCUUGAUUUCCCAAAUAUCGUGAUUAAGGGAUCCGAAUUACAGUUGCCUUUCCAAGCUUGCUUGAAGAUUGAGAAGUUUGGUGAUUUAAUCCUUAAAGCAACUGAACCGCAGAUGGUUCUCUUCAAUUUAUAUGAUGAUUGGUUAAAGACUAUCAGUUCAUACACUGCUUUCUCACGUUUGAUCUUGAUUCUUCGUGCUUUGCAUGUAAAUACAGAGAGAACAAAAGUAAUUUUGAAACCUGAUAAGACGACGAUUACCGAACCUCAUCACAUUUGGCCGUCCCUUUCAGACGACGAAUGGAUUAAAGUUGAAGUACAAUUGAAGGAUCUUAUUUUGGCUGAUUACGGAAAGAAGAACAAUGUUAAUGUUGCUUCAUUGACACAAUCAGAAAUUCGAGAUAUCAUUCUCGGUAUGGAAAUUAGCGCUCCAUCCGCCCAGAGGCAACAGAUUGCUGAAAUUGAGAAACAAACCAAGGAACAAUCGCAACUUACUGCUACAACUACACGAACGGUCAACAAACACGGUGAUGAAAUUAUUACGAGUACCACAAGUAAUUAUGAAACACAAACGUUCAGUUCUAAAACCGAAUGGAGGGUCAGGGCUAUAUCUGCUACAAACUUACAUCUGAGAACCAACCAUAUUUACGUCAGUUCAGAUGAUAUUAAAGAAACUGGAUAUACAUAUAUUCUUCCGAAGAAUGUACUUAAGAAGUUUAUUACAAUUUCCGAUUUAAGAGCACAGAUUUGUGCCUUCCUUUAUGGCGUAAGUCCACCGGACAAUCCUCAAGUCAAGGAGUUGAGAUGUUUAGUGCUACCGCCGCAAUGGGGAACUCAUCAAACGGUUCAUUUACCUACUAAUCCGCCCACUCAUCCAUUCCUUAAAGACAUGGAACCUCUAGGAUGGAUUCAUACACAACCCAAUGAAUUGCCGCAACUUUCACCGCAAGACAUUAACACGCAUUCGCGAUUAAUGGAUGAAAAUUCCAAUUGGGAUGGCGAAAAAACUAUUAUCAUUACGUCUUCAUUUACACCUGGUUCAUGCUCUUUGACUGCUUACAAAUUGACACCAUCAGGAUUCGAAUGGGGAAAACAAAAUACUGAUAAGGGCAAUAAUCCCAAGGGUUACCUACCCAGUCACUACGAGAAAGUACAAAUGUUACUAUCUGACAGAUUCUUAGGGUUCUUCAUGGUACCUUCACAGGGUAGUUGGAAUUAUAACUUCAUGGGUGUACGACAUGAUCCUAGUAUGAAAUAUGAUUUGCAAUUGGCCAAUCCAAAAGAGUUCUAUCAUGAGGUUCACAGACCAGCUCAUUUCCUUAAUUUUUCAUCUCUGGAAGAUGGCGAUGGUGCUGGGGCCGAUAGAGAAGAUGCGUUCGCCUAACAGUUUUUUUACGUUAUUUUUAUAUUUUGAAAUUUGGACUAUUU